CUCGUUUUUACAUUGUAACGUCCCUUCCAAAGAGAGAAAUCAAGGAGAAGAAAUGGGGAGAAUGAGCCGAUGACAUAUUAAAGAUCCACAAUUUUACUCAUUCUUUGCUUAUUCCCUUUGAUCUUCCUACCUUCAUUUUCUCAACUAUUUGGUAUGAUCAUCCCGUUUUUCUCUUUUCUGGGUUUUUUUUAAAGAACUGAAAUUGGUUACAUUAUUUCUCUAAUGGGAUCAAAGGAUUAGAAAGCAUCUGCUACGAUCGGUCAGGAAUGGGAACGUUUUAGGUUUCAGGUCACAUUGGUUGAGGUCUUUUCAAUCUCAAAGCUAUGGUUCUCGACGGACUCGUAUCUUCUCCCCUUCGAAUGUCAGCGUCGACGAGAAGGCAAUUCUCGAAAGAUGAGUUUGGGAACUGGUCAACCCUCGUCGAGAGGCAUAGGUUCCUGUUAACAGCAUUGGGAGUCUUGGCAUUCCUCUGCACCAUCUACCUUUACUUCGCUGUUACAUUAGGGGCCACCAAUACGUGUUCCGGGUUGAAAGGACCGGAGAAAGCAACAUGUAACCUGCAGCAUGUUAAGUCCAGUCUGUCCCAUGGAAAACUCAAAUUCCUCUAACAAAACAUGUUCAUUGUGUGUUACAAGCUAUGUUACAAGUUGCUUUUAUAUUAAUUAAAGUAUUUUGUUUUUGGCAA